AUGGCACCCGUUGAGGCAAGAUACGGCGCGCCUUGGUGGUACUUUUCUCGACAAGACAUCCACACAGAGCUGAAGAGAGCCGCCUUAUCUCCAAAGGGGCUGGGAAUGCCAGCCAAACUACUGCUGGGAGCCGGAAUUGAGCACGUGGACCUGGAGUCAAACACCGUCCAUCUUCGAGACAAGCGAACCUUUCAUGGCGAUGUCAUAAUCGGAGCUGACGGCAUAAGGUCGCCUUCCGGAACGUCUGUCUUCGGGUCUCUGCCAUAUGAAAAGACCGGCUUCUCGGCCUAUCGAUUCAUGGUCCCAAGCCAGCCUAUUCGUGACGACGUGGACACUGCUCAGUUUGUCGACUGCGCCAAGGUCAUUAUGAUACUCCACGGCGCGUACCGCAUCGUCAUUUACCCGUGCGCAGGCUGGGAGACGUUGAACUUUGCCUGCAUCUUUCCGGACGAUAUCGAGCGGCGCCACCAGUGGGACACGAAGGUAUCGGUGGACGACCUGGUGGAGACAUUCAAGCACCUCCAUCCCGCCGUGGUGAAGAUGCUUUCCAUGGCGGAAGACGUAGGCGUAUGGGCGCUGCGUGACCGAGAACCCUUGUCACAGAUUGUCAAAGGCAGAUUCAGCCUCAUUGGCGACGCCGCCCACGCCAUGUUACCACACCAAGGCCAGGGCGCGUGUCAGGCUAUCGAGGACGCAGAAGCGCUCCGGGUGCUCCUCAAACACGCUUUGCGUGACGAAGUAGAAGACAGGCUGAGCAUGUACAACGCACUGAGAGUGGGACGGGUUCGCCGAGUAAUCGAAAACUCGAGAGCCAUGGCGCCAAAGAGAGAGAGUGAAGGACCUGGGCAACCCGACAAGUCCUUUUCCCGCGAAUGUGCCGAUUACCACUGGAAUUACAAUGUUACGACAGAAGCGGCCAAGGUGCUGGAACAAAACGGGAUCAAGCACGUAAUGGUGAAUGAGUCCACGGGUGCUGUGUCUCUGCUCUGA